AUGGUGAAUUACAUGCUAAUGGUAACAGCUGAUCUCGAGAACAUCGCUAACCUCCAGCCUCAAGGCGGUUGCGACGAUCCUAAUUUCUCUUACUUCUUCAAGAUUAAAUGUGGGAGGUGUGGAGAGGUGAGCCAGAAAGAAACAUGUGUGACUUUGAAUGAAAUUGUUCCGCUUCUUCAGGGCAAGGGAACUGCUCAUCUUGUUCAGAAGUGCAAGUUUUGUGGGAGGGAUGGUACCGUGACAAUGAUCCCAGGCAAAGGCAAACCAUUGACCCAGGAAUUGAGUGAAGGAGGGAAAUAUGCCCCAUUGAUGCAAUUUGACUUCAGAGGUUAUGAGCCAGAGGGUUUUGUAUUCAGAGGUGCAUGGACAGCUGAAUCUAUUGCAGGGACUAAAUAUGAAGACAUCGACUUGUCUGGAGAGGACUUCAACGAAUAUGAUGAGAAGGGAGAGUGCCCAGUCAUGAUAUCCAACCUCUGUUCCAAAUUUGAAGUGGUGAAGUAG